GGGAGGCAUGGGGCGGAGCUAUGGCCUCACCAUUGAGGUUUGAGGAGCCGGUGGGGCGGGACUCCGCGGAAACCGGAAGUGUCUUGUGACGGGCACCAGGAGCAGUUCCGAUGACUGUUCACAACCUGUACCUGUUUGACCGGAAUGGAGUGUGCCUUCAUUACAGCGAGUGGCACCGCAAGAAGCAAGCGGGGAUCCCCAAAGAGGAGGAGUACAAGCUGAUGUAUGGGAUGCUUUUCUCUAUCCGCUCCUUUGUCAGCAAGAUGUCCCCGCUAGACAUGAAGGAUGGCUUCCUGGCCUUCCAAACUAGCCGUUACAAGCUCCAUUACUACGAGACGCCCACUGGGAUCAAGGUUGUCAUGAAUACUGACUUGGGCGUUGGACCCAUCCGGGAUGUGCUGCAUCAUAUCUACAGUGCGCUAUAUGUGGAGCUGGUGGUGAAGAACCCCCUGUGCCCACUGGGCCAAACUGUGCAAAGUGAGCUCUUCCGGUCCCGGCUGGACUCCUACGUCCGCUCUCUGCCUUUCUUCUCUGCCCGCGCUGGCUGAAGGAAGCACCCUACCUCACCCCCCAGGAGAAUCCCUAUCUUCCUGGGCCCCUUCCUAACCUGUUUUAUAUGAAGGUCCCACUGUGUGCCCCUCUACCACCUGCUGUUCCACAACAGCCCUCCCAGGGCAACAGUGUAAAGCCUGCCCUCGUGCCCUCCUGGUCCAAGGAAGGAAGCCUCCAGGAAUCCCUACACCUCCAAACCAGGCCCUCUCCAGUUUUAUCCCCUACCUGAUGCUGCAAACGUACAGAAUAAAUUUUUUGUCACCCUC